AUGAGUAUAUAUUCAUCAGUGAACUUACCUGGUGUCAUAAAGUUACAACAGAAUCCCUGUAAAAUCUGGAAAAUUCAUAAAACUAAAUCGGGUAAAGUACCAGUGGAACCUAAAACACCAGAAACAGUCAAAGAAGUGUGGGAUUUAGUUAUUAAUGGAAUACCUAUUAUUAAUAAAAGAAUUAUUGGAUUCUGUAAUUCAGUGCCAGGAUUUUCCAGUUUAUGUUCUGAAGAUCAACAACCAAUGGUAAAACAUGCUUACUAUAGUAUAUGGAUGUUGACUACAAGUGAAUUUUUCAUUAAUGGUGAAAGUUAUCUUCGAUUUCCUAAUGGCAGAUUUUAUACUAAAUUCUGGAUGAAGAAUUUUUUAACAGAGAAACGGGUUGCUCACAUCUUUGCUUUUGCUGAAAAAUUUAAUCGAUUGAAGUUAACUGAUACAGAAGUGGGAAUUCUGAGUGCCAUUCAGCUAAUGACUUAUGAUUGUGAUGAAUUGAUACUGGAGAAUGCUCAAAGUGUCCAGAUAUUAAAUGUUCAUUAUCUAGAUAUAUUGGUGCAAUUGAUAUGUGAAAGUCAUCCAAACACUAUGUGUGAAACCUUAUUAGAAAUCUUGAGUCUAUUUCCACAUUUAUGUUACAUUAAUAAAAUGCAGCGUGAUAUGGCAGCCGAAUUUUUACUAAAUAAACCACCAAGGCCAGACAAGAAAGCAGCAGAAGACAGUGUGAAAAGUUGA